UCCAUGGUCAGAGCACCCGCAGAUAUAGAAGGCCCGCUUGCACGCACUGAGCAUAGUUACGUAAUCGGUUUUUAGGAAACCCCAUGCUUCUCUUCGCGGUCUCGCAAUGGCGAAAGUUGCUUCCUUUGAAUGUCAGUACUGCGACCUGCGGUUAGCGAACAAUCGCAGUCUGCAGAGGCACAUAAAACUUGUGCACAAAAUCACUCACCCGAAGUACAACUGCGACGAGUGUGAAGUAGCCCUGACUUUGAAAGAACUGGAGUACCGCCAUAUCAGCGUGCAUUUCUUCGAGCCAGAAUAUGAGAGGUAUCACUUUCUGACAAUGCCAGCUUUCAAGUCAUUGAAGGAAAAGGUGGAGAAAGACACACGCAGUCACUUCAUUGCAAGGACAGGUACAGAGACUUGCGGCCACCUGAAAAAGAAGCAUUUCUACUUCGUCUGUCACCGGUCUGGAAGUUAUGCUUCACAAGCUACAAGUAAACAAAAGCUGAAGCGGCCUUCAAGUGUCAAGUGUGGAAAAAGAUGUUUUGCGGCAAUGGCUGUGACUGAAGACAACACAGGGCACUAAACUUCAGUAAAAAAAAAUUUUAUGAGCCGCACAUUCUAGCAGACAAAGUAAACUGCAAGUACAUUGCUGGAGAAAAAGAAUGUCUCAUGUUGGUCUUGCAUAUAUAAGUUACACUGUUCUACAAUACGCUUGGACGAAAAUGAAAAGAAAAUGGUGGCACCUAUGGUUUGGAAAAUAUGGUGCCUUAAUACUUGGAUGCUCAUGAAUCAGCUAUGUGAAUGAAACAUGAUUGAAACGGUCACGAUAAUUAGGCUUAUACCCCUGUCACACGGCGAAAACUAAUGUCAUUUGAAAAUGAUGACAAUGACGAUAGUAAAAAAAAAAAAACACGCCUCAAACCCACUUUUGUCCAAUAAUUAUUUUCCAGUAUGCUAAAUUCCACUAGAAUAUGUGAUCACUGCUUUCAAACCGUAGUGUUCGAUUACUAACUUGUCGACAUUGCCAUCGAAGUCGAGUCGAGCUAAGGCAAGCAACAGGGCGAAGAGAACGAUAGGCGCGUCCGCUACAUCUGCUAAAAAAGGUACGAGAAGGGCAGUUGCAUGUCAUCGCCUUUCUGAUGUGCAUACGAGCUUCUAAUAUCCUCAUUCUUGGCGCGUGCCACAGGAAAAAACGCGCACGCUUUUAUGCCAAGUCAAUUGAAGUGGCCGCGGCCGAUGCUCCGGUGAGAACCAACAUGACUGCUGCAGCGAAAGCUAAAGAUGGCUGUCUGGUCACUGGACUGAGAGUAGUUUUCUGUAUUUACCUAUGUGAUGGACUUCAAUGUCGUUAAAGCAAUAAUUAGGUAAUAAAAUGGAUAGAAUAGUGAUUUUUUGUUAAAACAAAAAAAGAAGCACGUACUGUUUGCGAAACACUGGUAAACUCGUGGUGUCGAGGAUACACAUUCAGUUCCAAACGAAUGCGAAUGAGUUUGGCGAACUGAUUUGUUUGUAAAUGUCCUUACGUUUUACCGUGUGACACCAAAGAAAUGGCAUUAUCAGCGAAUGUCAUUCGUUGUAAAUGACAUUAGAUUUGCCGUGUGACAGGGGUAUUAGACAUGAACUCGUAAAACAGCUUCAAGUGUCCAGUCAGUACUCUACUUGACUGAAAUAAUACCUUUAACUCAAAAACCCACAUGACUGCAUAGCCUUCAAAGCAUACGUUCACAGGUGUGUCUGCUCUGUAAAUAUGGAUGAAUGACUGAUAAAUCAACCAUUAAAAAUAAUUGCUGAAAGCUUUAAUUGACAAUUUUUAUAUUGACAUUAAUCAAAUUAUGUGCAUCAAUUCAGUCAGUAACAGUGAUGUUUAAGUUAAUCUGGAAAUGCUGCACAUGUUUUCGAUUGCAGACUGUUUUGCCCUUCUAUGGUGGCAUGCCACUAUGGAAGUGGCAAUAACUUAUGCUAUGGAAUGUAAUUGGAAAAUUAAGUUCUAACUGUAGGAUAGAAAUUGAUAACAAUGGCAAUAUUUAGUAAAGGAACUAAAGUGGAAGACAUUUUUGCCCUGGGUAGGAUCUGAACCACAAUCUGCACAUGUCCAGUCCAGUGCAAUGCUUUUACAAUGGUUCAGUAAUGUCUCUUGUGCGAACAAGGUUACCAACAGUGAAGGAUGAAAUUGGCAGCCUAGCUGUAAACUUGGUACACACAAUAAAUUUCUUCACUUACGUACCUGAUAACACUGGUGCAGAUAAUCCCUAUGACGGUUUAUCAAUGACACCAAACAUUUAAACACUUUAAUAUGUAAUCUUGCCUCUUCAGCAGCUGAAGGCUGCAUAACACCUAACCUAACCUAACCUAAAAAGAACAAAAAUUGCGACAGCUUGAACUAUUUAACACACACCAUUGCAAAAGGUUUUUGUAAGUUAAUGUAACUCAUUAUUCAAUUAAAGGAAUUCUAAAUAAUGAUAUUAAAAAUGUUCAUCAGUGCCCAUUUCACUUCCUUGCGUGCUCGGUAAUUUUUACUUAUGCUUCAACUAAUAUACACUCUUUCUCUACUCUCUCAAGACAAGCUGCGAGAAGGCGUGUCCAUGGAUGCAGUGCAGUACUGGAUAAUGUGCGGUCCAACGUGGAUGAGACAUUCCACCGCAUUAACCUGUUAAGCAAGCAGGAUCUCCGCAAAAUAAUGAGGGAUGCCAGAGUCUCGAAGACCGAGCGGCUGCACGAUAAUGACUAUGUGAGCGUGCAACUCUGGGUUGAGAGGAUGCAUAGUGAAAAGGAAAACCCAUUGCUCUUCUUUAAACACCAAGGACAACCUGACAAAAAGUGACAUUUUUUUAGAGAAAAAAAUGAGGACCUUUUGGAUGACAGAGAUUUUAUGCUAGUCAUCAUGACCACACCACAACAGGAGCUUUUCAAGAGGCUUGGAACUGAUCGUAUAUGUGUCGAUGGAACACAUGGAACAGCAGGUGAGCAGUACUAUAUAAAUGCCUUAAUAAUAAAAGCAAGAAAGAGGGAAUGCUGUCCAAGAAUAAUUGCAAUAGAUAUGAUGAGUAGUAUUCCUUCACACAUGA